AUGGCUCUUGUCGUUGCACGAGUAACGGUCGCGCAAGCAGCCACCAUCAUCAACAUUAUCAUCGCGUUUCUGCAGUACACAGUCGGGCUCAGUCUCAUCGCACUCUUCAUUUAUUUUCUACCGCCAAUAAACCCGGCGGUAGCAUGGAACGUCAUUGGGAGAAAGCUUCACUCAAGUCUCUGGCCGACUUUACUGCGCUCCGACACCUUGAAAGGUGCUGGUGGACGAGUUGCAUUGUUUUCUAUGCUGUCCUUCGUCACGACGAUACUUGUCGCGGUUUCUGGAGUGAUUAUGCCUCUUGGACUUAGCGACGGACUUGAUAUGUGUGCACCCGUCAGAACAGUGUCUGCAACCUUCGUGCAAGACACCUCGCCGCUGGGACUUGCGACUUCUCCGCGACUCGACUACUUGUACGGUCGGAUAUGCGGGGCAUUCAGCAUGGUGGUUUGCCCAGGCGGAGCGGUCAACACUACGGUCAUCCCACAGGUGAUUGUGGACAAGUUCAACUCAACUCCCUACGGUCCAUUCAGUAUGCAAUUCAGAAGAUACUAUAACGGUACUUCAGGUCGAAAUUGGACAACUUCCGUGCCAAUAGUAGCUACGACCCAGUCCCUUAUUCUACGAACAGGCAUCUUUGCAGUGGGCGGUCUGGUCGUGGACUUUGACAAUCCUGGUGUCGGUCUUUGGAACCACACGCUCCCAGUAAAUCUCAAACGGGGGGCAACCUGGGCUGAGGACCUGAUAUGGUUGGAGCCCGUUUCUGCUUGCACAGACACCAACCUCACAAUCGACUACACCCUCCAAAACCACAACGAUGUAAUCCAAGUUAAUGAUUUCAAUCUAACAGACAGAGGAGGGUUUUACAAUCUCACCCACGACUACCCCAUCCUCGAUCGAGACGGACAGAAUAAUUUGGACCUUCAGCAUCAUGCCUACAAAGGCGCCGUUCUCAGCAAUUUCUACACCAUGAUGAAGCUCAACUUGACGCGCAAUGCGUCCUAUGCCGGGAGGGUGUCGCCCUUAAGUUGGACCAAGACCAACUUCUUUCCCGGUAAAAGUCAGCCGAUUCCGCUCUUAUAUCUCGGUCAAAUCACCACUCCCGAUAAUAUCACGGUCACUCGAUCGGAUGUUCAGACUGCUUGCGAAGGUUAUGGUGGGCAGGACAUUGCCAAUAUUUCGAAUGUCGCCGUCAAGUGCGCCAUGUUCCUGGGUCCUCCUCAACGAACGGAUGGUGGAGACGAGCGUGUUCCUGCUGAUGGCUCGACGUGGACACAACGGAUGUUUACUUGCGCCGGCUCGACUCGCGCUAGAAUGCAGCGGGUCGAGUUUUCGUAUAAUGGGACUCGAGAGCUUGGCGCUAUCAACAUAAGACGGAGCAACAUCAACACUCCUGUACUGUGGGGAAUGGAGAAGGCCGAUUUGAAAAUCACUGACGUCGAUUUGCUCUGGGGACGUGUCGCAGAUGGUUCGGAAAGCGACUCAGAUUUAUGGACGGUCCGAAGCGAUGUUUUCUAUGUUCCUGCCGGCAGCGCAGACGUGUGGGGUCUCACGACUGGUGGAUUACCCAGUGUCAUGCCAGGAAUCACUUGGGCUCAGAUCUCAGGUGUCGUUGGAGUGUCGCAAGUCGUGGACUAUUCUGGCUUGUCAAACUACGCGCUCUUGCACAAGUACCAGGAGCUAAUGCAAGCUGAUCCCACCAAUGGUGUCAAGCAAAUUCGAGCGCUCAUGUGGACUGAUGUCAUGGCCAACAACCUUGUCGGUACCGCCUCACGCACUGAGCUUCAAGUGACCGAGCAUGUUCCUUCUGUGGCCUAUGACCUACGCUAUGCGAUCCCUGCACUUUUACUGUGCAUUAUUUGGCUACCAGCAGUCCUCAGUGCCGUUUUUGUGCUUCUCACAGGCUUGCUGAAGAUAUCGUACCUCAAAUAUCUUUUGGCUCACACCUCGGCAGGCAGGAUAGCGUUGGGUGACUCAGCGCUCCGGCCUAUGAAUAUGUCUGUGAUGCAGACAACAUCCAAAGCCAGAGGGGACGAGGUAGAGUGGGCAGAUGGGCCUGGGCGGACUCCAGUGUGGAUGGAAGCUGCCGGGGAACAUGACUAUGAGCAGAAGGGCAUUUUUUCUGCAGUAUCAACACGCGAUCAAUAUUAA